AAUCCAGUAAUAAGCGGCGGCAUAAAAACGAAGCUUUACUACGUCAGUACACGGCCUAAAAAUUAGUCCGUAGGCUAGAUUUCGGGUCGCUGUAAGAGCCCGUUAGGUCUUCGUAUUAUACGAUGAUUUGUCACUGAAAUUACAACUAGGGGUCCCUACCUAGGGCAGUCCAGGGUGCUUCCAGGUAGAAGCGCAGGGAACAGCCAGCCUUUAAAACCCCGGGACCCUAAGAAGAAUAGCUACCUACCUAAGGUACUAUGCCUCUAUCAUCAUCUUAGCAUCUAACCCUUGCCGUGGAGGAAUUAUUCGACCGCGACAAUGUCGAUGACUAGAAUGGGCAUACAUUGGGAGAAGAAGCAUGUUCUACGUGAAUUCAUUCAUAAAUUUGAGUCUGAGGAAACCUAUUGAUCAUGCCCAUCUUGUUGUUCACGAUGGAUUAUAAAGGCUUGUUUGGCGCCCUCGAGUUCUGGCGAAAUGAACUAGAGUCAAGACACGGUUAAUAGAGAGCCUCAGAACAUCCUGAACCGACAACAUAUAACUAUUGAAAACCAAAAGACUCGAAUUAAUUCGAAUUUACCCAUCUUUUAUCAUGUCUGCUUGCGCCGCGAAGGUUGACUUCGAUCCCGAAGCUGAUAUUCCUGACCUUCAGGGAAAAGUGUUCCUCGUCACAGGCGGUACUGCAGGGCUAGGAAGAGAAACACUCAUCCAAUUAGCCAAACACAAACCUUCCCAUCUCUACUUCACCGGUCGCAACCAGAAGAGUGCAGACGCAAUCAUCUCAGACAUCAACACCAUCGAUGCAUCAGUAAGCGUCACUUUCUUGCAAUGCGACUUCGGAUCUCGCAUCUCCAUCGCUAAGGCAGUUGAGAAGUUCCACUCGGGCAGACUCGACGUAAUCAUCGCCGGCGCCGGGCUUAUGGCAGUGCCCGCCGACGUGACGGCUGAUGACUACGAGAUCCAAUUUGGAACAUCGCAUAUGGGAAAUUUCACGUUGAUGCGACUCCUACUUCCUAUCAUGUUACGCACAGCCGAGCAGCCCGGCUCCGAUGUACGGUUUGUUGCGCUGACGAGUCUGGGUUACGGGUUACACCCGCGCGGUGGUAUACUAUUCGACUUCAUCAAAUCAAAGCAAGAAGACCGCAAUACAUGGGUCCGAUACGGUCAAGCGAAACUAGCCAACAUUCUAACAGUCAAAGAGAUGGCGCGUAGAUACCAUAGUAUCACGAGCGUCGUCGUGCAUCCAGGUACCGCCAAGACCGGGCUUGUGGAUAGUCCGUCCUGGAUCAAUCGCAUGGUUGUGUACGCGACGAAUCCUAAAGGUCUCCUGACUGUGCAAGAGGGCGCGUGCAACAUGCUCUGGCCUUUGACUACGGAGAAAAGUAAUCUUAAGCUUGGACAAUUUUACUUGCCGGUUGGGAGGCCGGGUGAUCUUACGAGGGAUGGUGAGAAUAUGGACUUGGCGAAAUGCCUGUGGGAUUGGAGUGAGAAGGAGAUUGCUGAGUUGAAUUUCAGUUGACGUCGCAUCAUUUGGAACUUCUUUUUUUACUUCUUCCCUGCUUUUGGAGAGGUGAUCGGCGGCGUUUUCCUAUGUUGGCGAAACUUGUCUAUUGAAUGUUUCCAUUUCAUUUCCAUGUUCCCGAAAUACAAGCCACUCCCCAGCUGGUGUCACAAUUCCACGAACGACGAUUGAUCAUGUCUACCUAGGUGCACAUACAAGUAAAUUUUCGACAACUACCUAGACGAACUAAAUAGGAACGGUACUAUUC